AUGAGAGGGUUACCACCCGCUGUCAGUUACACCGGCGGCGUUCCCGGCUUUGAAGCCACUGCCACUGCCGCCGCCACUGACGCCGAUGCUGACGUGGCAGCAGUGGGGACCACAAACGAAAAUCCCACACCAAUUCCCCCCAGGCCCGAUCCUAAAGCCUCUCACGUGCUUGCUUACACUCAGCAACUCGCCUCCCUCCAUUCCCACACGGCCGCCAGCAUCGGCCUCUCCCCUUCCGAUCUCCUUUACUCCUACACUUACCUAAGUAACGCGUUUUGCGUCUCACUCACACCCUCCCAGCUGCAUCGGCUCAAACGCCAUCCAGCCGUCGAUCGAAUCGAGCCGUCGAGAUCGCUCGCUCCCCUCACUACAAUCACACCCGCCUUUCUCAACCUCUCCUCUGUAGUCUGGAAAGGUCUCGGCGGGGCGAACCGGGCAGGGGAAAACGUGAUUAUAGGCGUGGUGGACUCGGGUAUUUGGCCGGAGCACCCCGCGUUUUCCGGGCGGGGGUAUCUCCGCCCGAAAAGGACCUGGCGGGGCAAAUGCGCGGCGACCAAAGACUUUAAAGCCACCUCCUGCAAUAACAAAAUCAUCGCCGCUCAAUUCUUCUCAGCGGCUUACCUCAAGGCAAACAAGGGGUAUCCGAAGGGGGAAUACGCCUCCCCUAGGGACAGCACGGGGCACGGCACUUGGUGUGCCGGCGCUGCGGCCGGCAACAGCAAUAUUCCCUUCAGGGUGGGCCCGCGGAGCCGCGUGAUUGGUCGGAUGAGCGGCAUGGCGCCGCGGGCGAGAAUAGCGGUGUACAAGGCGGUGUGGGGGGGGGAGAGCAGCGUGGGCGAUGUGAUGGCUGCUGUGGAGCAGGCUGUGCGGGACGGCGUCGACGUGCUGCUGUUGCCCAUUGGGAGCACCGACGAUGAUUACUUCAACUCCGCGUUCCUCCUUAGAGCUGUUCAGGCGGGAGUGUUUGUGGUGGCAGCAGCGGGUAACGAAGGCAUGGCACCGGGGGCAAGGCAGCAGCGCACACUUGCCAACGUGUCUCCAUACAUCUUCACUGUUGCUGCCAGUGGCGUUCCGCGGGAGUGGCAAGCAAAGAUCACGCUGGGCGACGGGAAGUGGUACACGGGCAUCACACAGCAAGGGGGCGACCUCAGGUCCACCACCAACCUCCCUCUUGUUGAUGCUAAGAUGGCUGGCACAGCCAAGGCUCUGCCUCAGGAGGCAGAGCAGUGUCGAAUGGGCACUCUAGACCCAGCCAAGGUCAUCGGAGCAGCCGUGCUGUGCUGGCACGGCGGCGUGUCAUUGGAGGAGAAGGCGCUGACGGUGCAGACAGCUGGCGGCAAGGCGGUGCUGCUGGUGGUGCAGAGCCCGCGGCAGUACGUGCGGUCCGUGACCGGGGCGUUCCCGGGGGUGACGUUUGGCAUGACCAUCUCGCAAGCGAUCAAGGACUAUCUGAAGAACGACAGCAACACCAAGCCCACAGUGUCAAUCUCCCCCGUACUCUACACCCUCCCCAAGGGCACGCUCGCGCCAGUCAUGGCAUACUUCUCCUCCUCCGGCCCGCCCCUCGACCCCUGGGUCUCCAUGCCCAAGAACCCCACCGUCACCAACGAAAUCCUCAAACCCGACAUCACCGCCCCCGGCCUCGCCCUCCUCUCCUCCACCAACGCCGGCAACGCCGCCUCCCCCGGUUUCAAGCUCGACAGCGGCACCUCUGCUGCUGCUUCUGUCGCUGCAGGCGUGGCGGCGCUGCUGAUUCAGAAGUACCCCCGGUGGACCCCGGGAAUGGUGAAAUCCGCAAUGAUGACGAGUGCUUCGGUGAAGGAUAUGUGGGGGAAGGGGAUCCGGUCGUGGGAUUGGACGUAUGCCUCCCCGUGGCAGUUCGGCUCGGGGCAUAUUACCCCGGGAAAAUCCUUAAAUCCAGGGCUAGUUUACGACGUCCGGGCGGCAAACUACAUCAAUUUCCUCGCGGGGUUGGACGAGAAAAAGGCCAAGGCGGCCUUUCCGGCAGCGGUGCUCUCUCCUCUCGAGACGUACAACCUGAACCAGCCGAAUAUCGCUAUGGGGAGGAUGAAAAAGACGGUGAACGUGACCCGGUGGGUGACAAACGUGGAGUUCAAAACAUCGACGUAUAAGGUGUACCUGGUCAAGCCUGAUGGGGUGAGCGUGUCGGUGAGUCCGUCGAAGCUGACUCUGAGGCCCGGGCAGCGGGCGGCGUAUAACGUGACGAUUAUUCCCAAGGCAGUUCAGAAGAACUUCACGUUUGGGAGCAUCACGUGGAAGGACGGUGUUCAUGAGGUGCGGAGCGUGCUGGCCGUCCAGCCCAUUGAGAUCAAAUCCAAGUGA